AUGACCGCCGUUCUGCCAGACGAGGUGUUUUACCACAUCUUUUCGUUCCUCGAUAGCCGCUCGCUCGGGAACGCGCUGCAAUGCAGCACCACCUUCUACCGCAUCGCCACGGCUCCGGCGCUGUGGGAGAUUCCCUAUGCUCUUCGCUGGACAACAGGUGAUGCUGAGCGGGAGGAACAGCGACGGACUGCUCGUUGGAGACAGACUAGGCGCAUCAAGCAACUCGAAGCACACGCACGCAGGGCCACACUCGAAAAGGCGCAGGCACCAGACUCGUCUACAGAUUCGCCGUUUCGCUAUCUUCGAUUAGAUCCAAAGCACGAUCAGCUUGACGCAUCUCAAGCAGAAUCGGCUGCAGGCCAGCCCGACUUUUACCGGCUCUUCAUCGAGCGUAUCGCUAUCGACCAGCAGGUGCUCGACACACUGUAUCAGCAAGUCGAGGCUACACAUGCACGCAUCCCGGUAGUCACCUCGCUCGCACGCCGAUUCGGAAACGAUGCAAAGGACGUCCUCACCGCCGUGGUCGAGGCGCAGGCGAGCUGCCCUUCUCGUUCGACCGACGGUCUGCCAGCAUCGCCCACGCGCACCGCCUCAACAGACUACCGCAUCAACGCCUACAACGCCCAUCUCCCCACCACACUCCGCUCGGAUACCCAUCACCUCGUCAUCCUGCACCACGCCAGGGAGAUCCUCGAGCACCUGCAGCGACGCCAGGCCAUGCACAAGAUCGACGAGCUCGCACGCAUGGCCGACGACACUCCCGAGCCCCGUCUGGAGCCGUCCAUCUCGGCAGGCCGCUUCGUUCCCUCGGACACGGAAACCGCCGUCUCGCUCCUCACCAUGUUUCGUGGAGGUGAGGCAUCGUACGUCGAGGCUCAGCUCGACGAGCUUGCGGCAGCGUGCGACUUGUAUCUACAGCAACGGCUUCCAGAUCCGUCAAGUGUGGCUACCUGCGGACUCGACGCGGUGGCAGCGGCCAAGGACAUGGCGCUGGCCAUCUGCGACUUUCUCGCCGACCACGGCUUCCGCGGUGCGCGCGACAGUCUGUUCACCGAUCUCGACAACCACUUCCUGCACCACUGCUUCACCACCAACCGCGAGACGCUGCCGCUCAGCCUCACGCUCGUCUUUUGCGGCGUCGCCACCCGUCUCGGCCUGCGCGCGUCGCUGUGCAACUUCCCCAUGCGCAUUCUUGCAUUCGUCAUGGUGGACAACUCGGCGCCGCUUCCAAGGCCAGAUCAGACGCUGGCGGAGGUUACGAACGAUAUGUUCUGGUUGGAUGUUACCGAGCACACCACCGUCGCGUACAAUGCCCACGAGCCGACGCCCACCGAUGCGUUUGCAAGACAACAGUCGUGGCUCGAGCAGCGACCUGCACUGCUGGAUCGAGACGACCUCACCGGUUGGAUUGGCAGGAUCGGCGUGCCGCCCUCGGACGACUUUUGGCGCCCCGCUUCGCCGGAUGUUAUGGUCCAGCGAGCCGCGAGGAACAUCCUCAACAGCGUGCAGAUGGCGCAGAUUCGGCCGAGGAACUUGCAGCCCGGCAACCAGGCUAGGAACGUCAUUCGGAGCAUCGAGCUGGAGCGAAGAUCAGCGCGGCUUCAACAGCAGUGGACGCACCUUGCACGGGUCGACCUUGCGUUCCUCAGCUCUGUUCACGGCCGGACGGAUGCUCACGAGCACGACUGCAUCACCAAGACCGUUGCCAAAGCGCUGGAGGGCAGUAUUGGUGGAGCGGAUGUGGCAGAAGACGAGACGACGUGGGGCAUCGUGCGUCGCUGGAGGAGCGAGUCGAUGCGCUCGCUAAUCACCUCUCCCGAGUGCUGGUCUCUGCCUGCCGUGCCAGCUGCGCGACGAUUUCGGGAAUGGAUGGACGAGCGUGCUGUGGAUAACGAUUGGACGCGUGUGCAGGACGAUCUGUACCGGCGCGCGGACCACUGGUCGGAGCACGAGCAGCAGGCGGCCAAGUACGCGGCGAUCAAUGCGCUGUUGCGGCUCAACACGCAGGUGUCUGCGCGCGAGGUCGAUUGGAUCGCCGCAUUCCUGCAGAGCUACUUUAUGCUCGACGUCGACGUGAUCGAGCACGACUUUCUCGGCAUCGAGUCUGGCUUCAGUGCAGAGCCUGCCCACGAUGCAGGGGAGGAGGAGGGGAGUGAGGGAAGCGAGUCGAGUCAGGAGGCGAGCUGGUCGCGGCGCGAGGAGCAGAGUGAAGGAGGGGGGAUGGUGCAGAAUGCGAGCGUGCGCGUGAUUCUGCGUCGCAUGCUGCAGGCAGUGCGUGUCAAGGAUGCCCAACCGCCGCGUGUCAAUCGCCGUGCCCGAGGGGAUGAGGAGGACCUGAUUGGUUAUCGAGUCGGCACGGUGUUUCGUCACCACACCUACCGCUACGCUGGCUGCAUCCUGGGGUGGGAUUCGCACUGUGCGGCACCAGAAGACUGGAUCGUCAACAUGGGCGUCGACCGUCUCCCUCCACCUCGGACCACAUCUCCCUCCACUUCGACUCCGCGUCAGCGUCGGGGGGGACGACACCAGCCGUUCUACCACUCGCAAGUUGCCGACGGCACACGACGCUACGUGGCCGAAGUGAAUAUCGAGCGCGUCUUGGGGCCGAUUUGGAUCUACGGUCUACCUGACAACGCCGCUGCGGGCUUUGAGCCUGUGGAGGAGGCGAGAUCGUUGGGUGCGGCAGUGCAUCAGAUGCUGGCGCUGCGUGGACUCGGCGAGUACUUUCGAUGCUUCGACCAACAGCACGCGGUUCUGCGGCCCAAUCGAGACUGCACAACCAUGUUCCCCGACGACUGGUCCGACAACGACGCAGAACAGCAACACCCUCAGGACAAUACGGUUGAAACUGAUCGACUUUCAGAGGACGGUAGUUGGUAG